CUAAGUCGGAUUGGCUGCGAUAGAACGAGGUUAUACCAAAUCACAAAGCUAGGAUUUUCAUCUCUCUCUUAGUCUCCGCCCUCGAAUCCUGGCAACAGGGCGCUGUGUGUUUUUCUGAGAGGAACCCGGCCUGGGGUUGCUAUGGAGAUAGGACGCAGCAACUUACAGAGCAACCAGGACCCAGAAAUCGCUUAAGAGACCGCGGCAAAGUAACUGAACUGAAUUGCCUUCUUCCAUAUUUUCACGCCUCUUUCAUCCAGAACACUUUUUCUCGAACUGCUUCCAUGGAAGACUUAACCUCCCCGAAGCAAGAAAAAGAAAACCAAGAAGAACUAGGGGAAGCAAGGCAGUCAUGGGAAGGAAAGACAGCAGCUUCUCCCCAAUAUUCUGAGCCUGAGUCGUCUGAGCCCUUGGAGAUGAAGCAGGGGCCAGAAACUGGACGCCAGUCCCGAAGCAGCCGUCCUUGGAGCCCCCAGUCCAGAACCAGGACGCCUCUGGGUGGCCCCGCGGGGCCAGAAACAUCAUCACCUGCUCCUCACUCUCCGCGGGAGCCGUCUUCCACUCCUUCUCCCCCGGCUCCGCCCAGACAAGACCUCGCGACACCACCUCAGUCAGACAGGACCACGAGUGUGAUUCCUGAAGCUGGGACGCCUUCUCCUGAUCCUUUGGAACAAUCAUCUGAUAAAAGAGAAUCAAUUCCUCUUCACACAAGCCAGUCAGAGCGAAACACCUUUCAACAGUCUCAGCAACCCAAACCCCACCUGUGUGGACCAAGGGACGUGAGCUAUAACAACGCUAAACAGAAAGAGCUGAGAUUUGACGUUUUUCAGGAGGCAGACUCAAACAGUGACUGUGAUUUACAGCUGCCUGCGCCUGGGGGCUCUGAAGGGGCCCCCAGCAUGCUUGAGACCGCCAUUCAGAAUGCUAAGGCUUACCUGCUGAAGACUAGUAGCAAGUCGGGCUUUAAUCUAUAUGAUCAUCUUUCUAAUAUGUUGACCAAGAUAUUAAAUGAGCGUCCUGAAAAUGCUGUCGACAUCUUUGAAAAUAUUAGCCAAGAUGUGAAGAUGGCACAUUUUCGUAAAAAAUUUGAUGCACUCCACAAUGAGAAUGAGAUGCUUCCAACAUAUGAAAUAGCAGAAAAGCAAAAGGCUCUUUUUCUCCAGGGACAUUUGGAAGGAGUUGACCAAGAAUUGGAAGAUGAAAUAGCAGAAAACGCUCUUCCAAAUGUAAUGGAGUCAGCUUUUUAUUUUGAACAAGCUGGAGUUGGUUUGGGCACAGAUGAGACAUACCGCAUAUUUCUUGCCCUCAAACAGCUUACUGAUACCCACCCAAUCCAAAGAUGCCGCUUCUGGGGAAAGAUCUUGGGUCUGGAAAUGAAUUAUAUUGUAGCUGAAGUGGAGUUUCGUGAGGGGGAAGAUGAAGAGGAAGUGGAAGAGGAAGAUGUGGCUGAAGAGAGGGACAAUGGAGAAAGUGAAGCUGAUGAAGAUGAGGAAGAUGAACUACCAAAAUCCUUUUACAAGGCCCCACAGGCUAUACCAAAAGAAGAAAGUAGGACAGGUGCCAACAAAUAUGUCUAUUUUGUUUGCAAUGAACCAGGAAGACCAUGGGUGAAGUUACCACCAGUUAUACCUGCACAAAUUGUUAUUGCAAGAAAAAUCAAGAAAUUUUUCACUGGGCGAUUGGAUGCUCCCAUUAUAAGCUACCCACCUUUCCCAGGAAAUGAGAGUAAUUAUUUACGAGCGCAAAUUGCCCGAAUUUCAGCAGGAACCCACGUCAGUCCUCUAGGAUUUUAUCAGUUUGGUGAAGAGGAAGGAGAGGAAGAAGAAGAGGUAGAAGGUGGGCAAAAUAGCUUUGAGGAAAACCCUGAUUUCGAAGGCAUCCAAGUGAUUGAUCUAGUAGAAUCCCUAUCCAACUGGGUUCAUCAUGUACAGCAUAUUCUCUCUCAGGUACGAGCUUUGCAGUUCUCAAUCUAUCAGGGUCGCUGUAAUUGGUUCAACUCCAUACAAAAAAAUGAGGAAGAAGAAGAGGAAGGAGAGGAAGAAGAUGAAGAAAAAGAAGAGCCUGACUACAUAGAACAGGAAGUGGGGCCUCCUCUUUUGACACCAAUCUCUGAAGAUUUAGAGAUUCAGAAUAUACCCCCUUGGACAACACGGUUAUCCUCAAAUCUCAUUCCACAAUAUGCUAUUGCAGUCCUUCAAUCCAACCUUUGGCCUGGAGCAUAUGCCUUCUCCAAUGGCAAAAAGUUUGAAAAUUUCUACAUAGGUUGGGGUCAUAAGUAUAGUCCAGACAAUUAUACACCCCCAGUUCCACCACCAGUUUAUCAAGAAUACCCCAGUGGACCAGAAAUUACAGAAAUGGAUGACCCCAGUGUGGAGGAGGAGCAAGCUUUCAGGGCUGCACAAGAAGCAGUUCUACUUGCAGCUGAGAAUGAAGAAUCUGAGGAAGAUGAAGAUGAGGAAGAUGAUUAUGACUAAUAAACAUAAAAUUAGCCUGGUUUUAUGUGACACUGAUACACACAUACCCCUUAUAUGAGACUAAUUUUACACUUUUCUGUGUGUGUAUAUACAUACACGUCAGAAAUUAUUCAACUGCAAAAGUCAAUCUUGAAAAUAUCAAGCUUGAAAUUUCAUAUGUAGAAAUAUUAACAUUUUUAUUGAAAGAUACUCAUGGGAUUUUCCAGAGGCUAAAUAACAGGCAAUCACAUCAUUGUUCUGAGGGUUAUGGAUAAUGGAAUAUGUGCUUGUACAUUUUUGCUUUUAAAAGGGCUCAGGUUUCACAUGGUCCAGGUGAGGUAAAAUAAUUAAAAUAAAUAAAUAAAUGGUCUCAGGUUUAAUUUGUAAUAUGACAAACACUGGAAGAUACAACCCACAGGAAAUUCUUGGAAACAUCAAUACUUUUUUAAGAGUGCCAAGGGGUAUGAAGACAAAAAAUAUUGUCACUAAAGUAAUGUAUUGUUAACCUUUGUAAAAACUGAUCUCAGCAUGUAUUCUUAAACCUUUGUAAAUACCUGAGGUCGUGACUGUGAUAUUGUGUGCAAACACUGUAUAGCAUAUAUAUUCAUUUUUCCUGAGAUAGUAUCAUAAUUCCAUCACCUGCUUAAAACUGUAGGGAACACUGAAUUUUUUUUUUUUCUUUUUGGCGGGGAGGUGGUUGGGACAGAGUCUCUGUCGCCAGGCUAGAGUGCAGUAGUGCAAUCUUGGCUCACUGCCACCUCUGCCUCCUGGGUUCAAGCGUUUCUCCUGCCUCAGCCUCCUGAGAAGCUGGGACUACAGGUGCGCGCCACUACGCCUGGCUUUUUUUGUAUUUUUUGUAGAGAUGGUGUUUCACCAUGUUAGCCAGGCUAGUAAAUUUUCAACCCUUUUGUUACUUCUCAAAGUCUUCUCAGACUCCUCUUUCAUCCUACAGAAAUUGAUUUGAACUGAUUGGGGAAAAAUGAUUUGCUUUGCACAGAUAUGGUUAGCUGGAUACAGCCAGAGACUUGACUUAUAUUUUCUAGCACUACUUCUCUAAAACAUUAUUUUCCCUCACUAAAAAAACAUUUUUAAGUCCUAUAUGUACCAGAUAUACCUGUGGCUAUGACUAAAAAUUAGGCACUACUCUUGAAAUCAUAGAGCUUUCACUGAAGAGAGAACUAUAAAAAGGUAAAUAGAAAUGUAAAAUCAAUUGCAAUUUAGCAAGUGUUGUGAUACAAAUAUUACAGGUAACACAGAACAGUGCUUCUCAAAUUCUAUAAUAAAGGAAUUUUGGUAAGUUAAAAAAAAAUUCCAAUCCAUUACUGUUUUUUUAAAAAUAAAAUGACACAGGAGUUCUCAACAUCUGUACUUACCUUGCCACAGACCUUCAGUUUGCAGAUCAGAGAUCUGCACUUGGAGUAACAUUGUUGUCAAACACUUAAGAUGACUGACUUCAGACUUCAGCAAGUCAGGAAGCACUUCUAAGAGCCACCAGGUGGAGUGCUAUGGGAGAAGGUUCUUGGUGGCAUCAGCUGCAUCCUGCCAAAGGACUUUUGGCUGAAAGGAAUGAAAUUUCAACUGCAAGAAGUGGUGAGAGAUAAGCCUGCAGGGGCAAAGCAGGGCUAUAGCGUGUAGGAAGUCUGGAUUUUACCCAUGAACAGUGAAGAGAAUUACAUUAGAAAGUCACACAAACAUUUGUAUUUGAGAACAUUUUGCUACAGUGUAGAUGGAUGAGAGAGAAUCCAGACUUGAGACAAGAAGACCAGUUAGGAGGUUAUCACAUUAUCAGGUAACACAGUAGCUCAACCUGUAAUCCCAGCACUUUGGGAAGCCAAGGCAGGUGGAUCGCCUAAGGUCAGGAGUUUGAGACCAGCCUGGCCAACAUGGCGAAACCUCAUCUCUACUAAAAAUACAAACAUAAUACAAACAUCAGUUGGGUAUCAUAGCAUAUGCCUGUAAUCCCAGCUACUUGUGGGGCUGAGGCAGGAGAAUUGCUUGAACCCGGGAAGUGGAGGCUGCAGUGAGCCAAGAUCGCACCAUUGGCACUCCAGCCUGGGCAACAGAAUGAGACUCCAUCUCAAGAAAACAAACAAACAAAAAAACCCAGGAUAACUGCAAGGGGAUAUAAAGUAGAAAACUGCGCUUGGGGGACUGAGAUGGGAGGAUCGCUUAAGCCCAGGAGGUCAAGUGAGCUAUGAUCGUGCCACUGCACUCCAGCCUGGGUGACAGAGCAAGACCAUGUCUCAAAAAAUAAAAAAAAAAAAAAAGAAAACUGGUUACCAGUCUGAAGGACAGAACAUCAGGAAAGAUGGUUUCCAGAAUUAAAUUGGCAAUACUAUUUCA